UCUCAUAUAAUCGUGAAAAUUCAAUUAUAUCAGUCGCGUUUCCGAAAUAUUUUCGAAAAACGCGCGUUGCAGCCGAGAACGCGUGGUACGAAGUUGAUUUUCCUACUCAUUACCACCCUAAAAUGGACACGUGGUUGGCGCACCUGCUUUUCCUGCAGGAGCAUCCGACGAAAAUCCACACCGUACUGAUUGCUUUCUUUUGGGAGUGGAUCAUGGUCCUGCUAGUCAUAUCAAUGGCCCUCACGUUAAUGUACAUUUUGCUUCCGAGGAAAAUAGGAGAAUUCAUGGAGCGCAGUUCCAUUUCAAAGUCCAGUCAAGCCAUACAAUCAGAGGUCUACGAAAGCAUUGGUACUGCCACAGAGCAAACCCACAGGCCGAAGGAUCAAAUACCACGACGUUCACGGCGAGAUGCAAUGUCGAAAAUGAGUUGUGUUAUGGAACAGCAUAAGGCAGUGGAUACUCAUAGCGACCAUGAUCGGGUAUCGCCCGGAAGGUUGCAUCGUUUACAAUACGUUGAAAAGUCCAUACCCAUCACACCUGCCCAAUACGUCCGCUUGAACAAAGAGCAUCACAUGGUUGAACUGAAGACGUCCUCCUGUUUGGUUUCAUUGAUAAAGCAAUUCCAGGACGUGAGCGAGAUGCGUAUGAACGAUGCAAUGACGUGUAAACAAAUUGCGGACACCAAGACGGAGUUCAAAUCCACCGAUAGUGAACUUAGUGAUGUAGCCGACAGUUUUCUGGACCUGCUAGAGGAGAUUAUCGAAGACACACUCGCAGUGGACCAUGGAGAGAAAUGUGAUGAGAUCGAGUCACUUAUGACAGAGUUGUGCAAGCUCACAGCAGAAACGUUUGAGGAGGCAGAAACUGCGAUGUAAAUGUUCCUUACUCGGAGAAGAACCAACCGGACAACUAGUUGGAGAAGAAUAUACAAAAAAAACUUAUUUAUUAAAUUUUUGUAAUUUUUGGCUCAAUGAUAUUGAAUUCUAGAGAUUUUCCAGAUACACUGGUAUGUGUAGUAAUAAAUUAACUAUGUCCUAAAUCCAUUUAAAAUUGUAGUUGGUGUGAAUGUGAGAGAGGAACCUAGAGAGCUGCUUUUAUACCUGUACUCCACCCGCAAUAAAGGGUGGGGGAGCA